AUGGAAUCGAAUGGGGUCUCGCUUCAUCCCCACGAUGCUGCCGCACUUGAUGUGAGUCCUGUACCUCACUUGGCGACAGCGGGCGCUUCUGCAUUGCAGAUGCCGACAUACCCUAGCAACUGCCUAGAAUUUGCGAGGCCGUUUUUGGCCCCGGAAACCCAGACCUCGGAAAGCGUGCACAAGGCCAAAGUCCCUCUGAAAAUUAUCCUUGUUGGUGCUGGUUUAGGAGGCCUCGCCACUGCUAUUGCGCUCGCGCAAAGUGGCCACAAUGUAACGGUCUUCGAGCAGACACCCGUACUUGGGGAGGUGGGAGCUGGCAUUCAAAUCCCUUCCAACUCUACUAGAAUUCUUUUCAAGUUGGGGCUAGAACCAUACCUGAGGCCCUACGUGACCGAGCCCGAGUCGAUUUCUUUCAGAAGAUGGCAGACCGGCAACGUCAUUGGCAAAACGAAAUUAAUUCCAGAGUUUACAGACAACUUCGAUGCCCCCUACUACGUGAUCCAUAGAGCUCACUUUCAUUCCGCUCUUUGUCAAAAGGUGCAGGACAUGGGAAUUGAGAUCAAGUUGGGAGCGCGGGUUGAGGAUUACAACCCGGCCGCGGGAAGCAUCACGCUUGCUGAUGGAACAAUCUACACUGGAGAUCUGGUAAUCGCUGCUGAUGGAAUCAAAUCUGUUGCUCGCAAAAUUAUCCUUGGCGGAGAGGAUAUGGCUUUCCGCAAGCCUGGUUUUGCAGCCUAUCGCGCUACAGUAGAUGUGGAACGAAUGCGCAAUGAUCCAGAAGUCUCAUGGAUUCUUGAGAAACCAGCUCUGAAUAUCUGGAUUGGGGAUUCGAGACAUGUCAUGACUUACACUAUUGGUGCGGGCAAGGCCUUCAACAUGGUGUUAUCUCAUCCGGAUGGCACUGAUCCCACUACAUGGAACCCCCUUAAGGCUGUUGAAGAUAUGAAGACUGAGUUUGCAAACUGGGAUCCGGUUCUUACCAAACUUAUUGGCUUGGUGGAAAAGACACUCAAGUGGCCGCUCAUUAGUGGCUCAGUCCUGGAUAAAUGGGUUUCGGAGAAGCUUGUUAUUCUUGGAGAUGCCGCUCACGCGAUGUUGCCAUAUAUGUCGCAAGGUGCCGCCAUGGCGGUGGAAGACGGAGUGGCUCUUGCACGGUCUCUGUCAAAGGUUGACAGCAAAGAACAGCUAGCCAAGAGUCUUUCCAUUUUCGAGAAGGUCAGAAUGCAACGUGCUGGUCAGAUGCAGGAGGCCAGUCUGCUUAACAGCCAUCUUUGGCAUUUCGCCGAUGGCCCCAUGCAAGAGGCGAGAGACGCCGCAAUGAUCCCCGAAGUAAAAGGGAUUCCAUUCAGCCAUAGUCCCAACCAGUGGAGCGAUCCUGCCACUCAGAUGUGGUGUUAUGGAUAUGAUACCGAGAAGGCCAUUGAUGAGGCAUGGGAGAAAACAUAG